AUGUCUGCGGUGAGCACUCGACCGAGUCCAUACGGGGAUCGUCUUGGCGGUGCUGUCAUGGAUGAGAACAGCGAUGCGGAGCGACAGCUCUGCAGCAUGGUUGACACGAUCAUCGCAACGUCCACCCGCGCGCUCCAGAAGGCCUCUAGUGACGUGAACAGCACCGACGCCGCGUUUGUGAAGGCGGCGUCGCUUUUCCAGGCCAAUGGAAUCCUCAUUUCUCACGGUGAGCCCGGUGAGAACACUUCCAAUGCCGCAAGCCCUGCCGCUGUCGAGUCCGACCUGCGUACCCAGCUGGAGAACUGCCGCAACCUCCUCCGCACGGUCGACUGUGAGCGUCGCCGUUUGCGCAGUCAGUGCAUCUACCUCCAGAAGGAGCAUGAGCUUCGACGUGCAGAGAUACAGUCAAUGCACCGCUACUCUACCGAGUCGCAUCAGCGCUCGCUGACGCUAGAGCGCCAGGCUGCAGAGGAGCGCCAACACCGUCGGCGGCUGCAGAACGAGGUGGAUGCUCAAACGCAAGAGGUCAUGCGCCUUCGCCGUGUUCUCCGAGCCCUGCCAGACAACGUCUUGGGGUCCCUGAGUCCGCGUCAUCCUGCCGACGGCGCUGCGGCGGACCUUGUGCUGACGCUGGCACCGGACCGGCGCUUUGAGGAGGCCUUUCGGGACAAAAUGAACAGCAUCGUGUACAAGCGACGCUACUACCAGGCAAGUGCAAUGCAUCAGGCGACCCGCGAGCAGGUGGAGAUGAUGCUGAUGGAGCAGCAAGAUCCCCUGCAGAUCGCGGCGAGGUGGCCCUACGUCGGUGAGGGCGUGUCCACAGUGGGUGCAACGUCGACGGAGUCAGUCGUGAGGAGGGAAUGGCAGAGCUGCGGCGGUGGCGCCUCGAGCACGUUCGAAUCUCCACCCCAAGGGAUUGGUGAAUCGCAGCCGGCCGACACGAUAAAUGCCACUGAAGCUGCGAAGCUUGCGAACAGCGCACUUAUGCACUCGGCGCUGGAAUUUCCUUUCCAGCUACCCUUCACGACGACCACCCCGAAAGACGCGUACAUUAAAUCUCUCAUGUAUCACUCCGCGUACGCGGAGCCGCUUACCCAGCUGCGCGAGCACGUGCUGAGGCUGAGCUCGCGCCUCAAGACAGCGCAGGACGCCGGGCUGCGCGCGCUAUACAUCACGUUUACUCAGGUGCUGCAUCUCCUCGGAUCCGCCCCUGCACGGGCACAGUGGCGCUCUCUCUACGAGCGCGAGAUCGAGAAAAUGCAGCGCGCACACCGCGACAUGCUGUACGCUGUAAUCGAACAGGCGAACAUGACAGCUACGCGGAUACCGGAGCUUGAGCGCGCUGGCGGUGCGGCUACGGUGCGGCGCGAGCUCGCCGGCGGCGCUCCGCAGCGCCAGGACGUGGGCUGCAGCGCGCACGAAUCGACCACGAUGGAAAAGUACAGGGCCUCCCAGCUCAAGGAGCAGCUGGAUCACCUCAAACUGCAUUCGCUUGAGGUGGAGGCCGCGGCACAAAAGGAAAAAGAGGAGAUGGCCAAGCAGUGCUCGACUGCGCGUCAAGGCGCCUUGCAGGCUCUGCAGUCCCUCAAGGCGCUCGCCAAGUGCGUCGUGUGGUCGGUGCGGGCUCACGGUGCCGCCGACGGUGCCGUGUAUGACCCCUUCGCUCAAUUGUUCGAUCCCCUCACGGAGGAGGUGCUGGACGACCCGCGGCUCGUUACCAAGACGACAGAGGCAACGGACUUGACCCUAUCGUACGUGCGCUUGCUCGGCUGCAGCGGUGGCGGUGGUGGGCGAGGUAAAAGUGCACAGCGCGACCACGCGGACCUCGGGGCCGCACCUCUUUCGUCUUCGCAAACGUCGGGAACGGAAGGCGCGCUCGCGAGCGUCAUCGACAUUAGCCGCACCGCCUGUGGUGCCACCGCACCGUCGUGUUCUUCAAAGGCUCAUUCGUCUCGGAGAAAAUCGGCACCGUCAGCGGUCCACGCGCUGCGCCACCGCACUCGCAGCAGCUCCUUGGGCUACUCAAGCCGUCGACUCAGCACCCCACAACUGCCACCCAUGUCAAGCAUCUCAGCCUUGUCGAGGGGGGCGACAGGCUUUCGCAAGCGCCGGAGCAGCGGCGCGGCUUCAUCACACUCUUCUGCCGAAGGCGAUCUUUCCUCGACAAAAGCGUCGGCCGCGCCGUCUCUUCAGAACACGGUGAACGCACAGAAGGCCUGCGCCAAGGAGAGCGGCCCUAAGCCUCAGGGGACUGUCGCCGUCAUAGAGCUCGGCUUCCGUGAAGGCGAUACUCAACGGUAG